AAGUGUUCCUGUGAUUUGAGUGUCUUCCGCCAUUUCCGUCUCGUCUCUGUGCAGCCGGUACCGUCUGUCACUCCAAAACCCAAACCGUGUGUGUGUGUGUGUGGACUACAAAAUACACUAAUAACGUUAAACACAGCCGUGUAGGUUUGUCCAGCACAGAAGCUUAUAUCUGCACUGGAUCAAGAUUGUGGCAUUUCAAAUGCUGAGCCAUGGAUGACGAGGACAGCCAGGAUGAGCUGAUCAACAAAAACAUCUCCCAUGGAAAAGGCAAAAGGCCCACCGCAACUAUUCUUUCUGAUGAAGAGGAAGAUGGUGACGACUCGCAUGAGGACGGUACAGACAGUGAGGAGGAUGAUGAUUCCCAGGACGAAGGUGGCGAGGAAGAGGACGAGGAAGAUGAGAGUGAUCAUGAAGAUGGUGAAAAGGAGCUGGAUGGAGCAGUAGGGACAGAAGUGACUGAUCUUGGACUGAGUUCAGAUGAGGAUGCUGAGAAAUGCCCUAUCUGCCUCAACACCUUCCAUGAGCAGCCGGUAGCUACGCCCCAGAACUGUGAGCACUACUUCUGUCUCGACUGCAUUCUGGAGUGGGCCAAGAAUGCCAACUCUUGUCCCAUUGACCGCAUAGUCUUCAGUAACAUCCUACUGAGAAAAUGCUAUGGAGGAAAAGUCCGGGAGACGAUUACAGUUCAGAGGCCAGUAACACGUGAACAAGAGGAGCAGGUGAAUGUGGAUCUGGAGCAGACCAGCUGUGAGGUGUGUGGAGGGACAGACCGAGAAGAUCGCCUGCUGCUCUGUGACGGCUGUGAUGCCGGGUACCAUAUGGAGUGUUUAACACCUCCCUUGGAUGCUGUGCCGGUUGAGGAGUGGUUUUGCCCAGAAUGUGCACCAAACAACCGCAACAGAAGAGCUGAGCAGUUAAGUGAGGAGGAGGAGGAGAGCAGGGUUCUUCCUACCACCAGCCGCUCUCAGCCAGCAGGGUCCAGACCCACGCGUGCCAUCGCACGGACACAACACAGCGAGAGGGUCCGAGCCAAUGUCAACAGACACCGUAUAACACAGGCACGCACUGCUGCACAGCUUGCACCUCAGUACCUGAUGCGGUCCACCUGGCUGGAUGAGACCAUUAAUUCUGUAGUUGCUGGACUUAACACAGCUGUCUACGUGAGGGACUUCACUCCCCGGCCAAGAGUUCGCAGGAGACGCAAGCGAGCACCAAGAAAGAAAACCACUAAAGAAGGGAAAGACAUUAAGGGUAAAACCUCAACCACAAAGGUGAAAAGGCGGAAGCGUAAAGUGUGGAGAAGGAAAUUAAGAAAAAAGGCGAUGGUAAAAAAGAAGACAACUCAGGGCCGCAUUGCACAGAAUCUGGGCCUGAAGAAACCCAGCCGCAGCUCUUCUAUCCCCUCUGUGUACCGCCCGUGUGAGCAAACACUGGGCAGCAUGAGAGCAGACAUUGGGGCAGCUUCCCUCUCCAUUUACGGAGACCCCUUUGAUCUCGAUCCCUUCAAUAAUGGGGAUGAGGAGCUGGACCAGGCUUCAGUUCAGCCCUCUUUGUUGGAGGCUAAACGGCGGGGUUUGUCCCACUCUGCUCUGCGCUCACACCAGCCUGUGGCCAGACCUAUACUUGCUGGUUUGUCCAGUCGAGGGCACAGUAUCCCUCUGGUGGAGGAGGUAGCAGAGGCUGCACCAGUCCCAGACUUGCUGGGAAGUAUCCUCAGUGGCCAAAGCUUGCUGCUGAUGGACAGCUCUGAUGUGGUUAUCAAUAGAGAUGGCUCUCUUAAAGCCCCCAAGCCUGCCUGUUUGUCAUCUCCAAGUAGCAGCCUCUCGGGAAGCUCUUCUUUAGAAAGGACACCUUCCACAGGAGCAGCAGACAUUCAUGGCAGCAGAGAGCCUGCACCUUCCUCCAGCCCUUUAACAAACUCAUCACAAAGCUCUUUCCGGCCCACUCCUGCCCCAGUAACGCGUUCGCCAUCCUGCCCAUCUGCUUCCCACGCACCGGCAUCUGUUCUUGAACACCCACGCUUAUCUAUGCCUCUUCCACGCAGGCCAACUCCCACAAACUCGAAUGGAACUGGACACAAUCAGCGGGGCACCUGCAGCAUCAGAGGCCAACCCCCAGCAAGGGUUACAAACGGAGCUCCUGAAUCUCAUCUUGGUGAGAGGCGAAGUACCGCAAACGUCCCUGCAAAAAAGCCUCCCCCCAAACCAGUAUGGGUGGAUGUGUCUGUGUUGCCAAGAAUACCAAAGAUUAAAAGAGAAAACAGUUCUGUGGUACACGGUAGUACUGGGAGCAAUAGCAACAACUUACCAGAAUCUUCCAUGACUAGUUUAGCAGGUGACAAAGGCCGGCAGAGUUCAGUUGACCAGCAGGGAGCACGUGAAAGCAGGCAGGGUAGGCCGAUAGAUGGCCAGAGGCAGAGACUGGACAGAGCUGUGCCUUCGUCUUCUUUUUCUAACUCGUUCUCUACUCCAUCAACUUCUGCUAGUGUACCAUCAAAUUCACAGCCGUCCUCUUCUACUGCUAUUAGUUUUCGGAUUAGCAGCAGUGGAAACCCAUGGCACGCUCGGCGGCUUUCAGCACCUGAUCAAGCCCUGCCUGCAAAAGAUAAGGCACCUGUGAAGAGAAACCAGAAAGACAAGCAGCAGAUGUUGUUGUCCUCUUAUUCCCAGGCUAAAAAAACCUCUGUGGAGAGUGAGGUCUAUGAUCCCUUUAAUCCCACAGGAUCUGACGCCUCAGACUCUGAAGAUGAGAAUGAGGAUGACAAGGCUGAAAUAAAUCUACCAAGCUCUCCAGCCACGGUACAAACUGUGGGGCAAAACGAAGAUGCCGAACUUCAAAUUAAAACCGAGUCCAUGGACUUGGAUUUGCCUGCGGACAAUGAGAUGUCUGGAAUGAAAGUGCAGGUUAAAAAGGAGCCAACCUCUCCCAAGGAUGACUCAUGGUCAUCACCUUCUCAUCAUCCAGCCACCCUGUUUGCAGCUCAGUCUCAGAGUCUUGCCGCUCUUGUGGCAUACAGUGGAAGCCCUGUGGUCUCUGAUGCCGAGGACAGUGGAAAUUCUGAAGGUCACUUAGUGAAAUCUCCGGAUCAUUCCAGAUCUAGCUCACUCUCCAGUCACCACAGUGAAGAGAAGGUCAAGAUAGAGAUAAAAUCUGAACCAGAUCUUGAACCAUCUCCUGUGAUAGACACAUCUCUAGUUGUGUCUCAGGUAACCAAAGGGAAUGGGAUAAUACAAGAACUGUCAUCCGUAUCAGGAAGUUCUGAAGCAAAUCACAAGAGCAAAGAGAAAGAAAUAAGAUCACCAUGUGCCAGUUCAGGAGAGGAGAGGCGAUCAUGGUGUGCUUCCAACAGUCCUCCUUUCAAAGCCUCUGAACAGUCUGAUAAACAGAAGAAACCCUCACGGUCCGAAGACAGAAGGCGGUCGCGUUCUAGAUCUCCACGCCGCAGGCGAUCUCGCUCAAGAUCCAGAGAGCGAAGCCACCUACGAGACAGGAGGCGCUCAACUCGCUCCAGCAGCAGCGAAAGCUCAAGGAAGAGAAGAAGGAAGCACGAGAACCGUGACCGCUAUGACAGCAGGGAGAAAGAGGUGCAGAAAAGGUCCAAGAAGAAAAGAUACUCUCACUCGCGGUCAAGAUCUCGAUCCAGAUCCAGAUCAAGGUCAAAGUCCAGAGAGAGGAGAAGAGAACGAACAUUUUCACAUAGGUCUUCCUCAAGAUCAAGGGACAGUAAUGAAACAAGAUCAAAAAGGAAAAGGUCUAGAUCAGCUUCCAGAGACCCAAGACGGAGAGAGAAUGUUUCAGAAGGCCCUCGCCGCAGAGAACGGCACAGCGACAAAAGUUCUUCUGCUGAGGAAAAGGAGCCUACUCACAGUAUAGAGAGAAAUGCAGUUUUAAUGAAGAAGGAGUCACAGACAGGACAAAAUGAAUGUGACACUACACUUUCAGCUGUUUCAACUGAAAAGGAGACUGAUUCGAGUAAUCAAGAGAAUUCGCAAUUAAUUGAAGAGACUUCAAAACAACUUUCAGAGGAUGUUCUUUCGAUUAGUCUGUCACACAAAUCGCAUGAAUCUAAGCCUAUUGAAAUCAAAGAAGAAAAAGACUCCUCACUUAGUAAAAAUAAAGAGUCCCAGCUCCUAAAAGAUCAACUGCCAAAACAGCUCAAAGUAGAGCAGAUUUGGCCUAAUGAUGAUGAUGAUGAUGAGGACUCCUGCAGUGAUGAUGAUGUUCUUGUGAUUAAUUUAUCUUCACCUGGCCCUACUCCCACAGAUUGUGAAAAGAUGACUGAUUCUGAUUCAACAAGCCUGUCUGUGGUCCCAAAGGAGGAGAUGGAGGUAGAACCUCUGCAAGCAUCAUGUCCAGUAAAACAAGAACCAGUGGACUCUUCAGAUGAAGAGAUCAAUGUGGAUUAUUUGAUUGACAACUUGGACUUCAUUAAGAAGGAGAUGAAGGAUGAGCCAGUAACUAAUGCUGCAGGUGCUGUGGAGCCCCAGGCUGAUAUGGGCAAGGAGUCAGCAAUGGUCAAACAGGAGAUGGAGUCAGUGUUAGUAAUGGCAGGCACCAAAGCCAAAUCACAGGGUAAACGAGUCACUUGGAAUAUACAAGAGCCGGUGGUGUCCCAGCCAGACAAAAUGAGCAAACUUGCACUAUUCAAAUUGAAAUUGAAGCAGGAAGGGUCUCGUAAGGCUGCGUCGUCCUCCUCUACGCAGAUCACUGGCCAGGUGGCAGCCGCUGUCCAGGGCGGGUCCAAAUCAGCAGCCAUGAGCAUCAGUUCUCCGGCACUGGAAGGGAGGUCAAAUGCCGGCCAGGAGAAAUCCAAAUCCCACAAAGAGGAGUUGUUGCAGAAUCCUGAUCAGAAAGACAAGUACAUGAAGAAGCUUCAUAUGCAGGAACGGGCCAUAGAAGAGGUGAAACUGGCCAUCAAACCCUUUUAUCAGAAAAGGGACAUAACAAAAGAGGAAUACAAAGAGAUCUUACGGAAGGCUGUUCAGAAGGUUUGUCACAGUAAGAGUGGUGAAAUUAAUCCAGUGAAAGUAGCCAACCUGGUAAAGGCAUAUGUGGAUAAGUACAAACACGCCAGGAAACAUCGUAAAGCAGAGGAGAAGCAGAGUGCUGAAGGCCCCAAAGAUUCUGAGACUCCUGAUUGAUAAAGACUGUGUAGCUCCUAAUCAGUAAACUUAAUGCACACCCUUCUAUUAGUCCAACUUCUCUGAAGUAAUGUGACCCUAAAAGGGCUGCACAGUUGAAUAAUAAAUGUAGUUCAUUGUAUGCUUUGUGCAGAGGUUCUCACCUCUGUGAAGCUACGUGAGAAAAUAAUUAGUGAUCUGGGUUGAACAAAACUAUUUUACAGUAUGGAUGUGUACCAGUAGUAUGGUAAGCCCUCUAGCAUAUUUGUACACUAUUGUUAAAGAUGGUAUAGUUAUUUUUUUUAAUCUUGUUAAAAGUUGACGGGAUCUGUUUUGAAAUAUUUGAUACUUGUUAGCAAGCAAAAUUUGAAAUUUCACCACUGAGGCUGCUCCUUUUUCAUAUAUUUGGUUGCCCGUAUUGUGGCAUAUUGUACUGCUGUCAUAAAAACUUUGAGAACUGGAGAAAUGGACCUUUUCAGAUUAAAGGUUGUUCAGUAUAACAGUAUUUAGAAAUUGAUAGUAUAUAUGUACAUUUAGCACACUGGGCGUGCUAUAGAUUUAAAGCUGAUAAUUUACAUACCAGUUUUGUCAGAAAUAACUUUCAGUAGGUGUGGUUGUACAGGAUGCCUCAUAUGGCCAAACUAGCUUCAGGGUGACUGUGUGACAUGGUAUUUCCUGAUCACAGAGGAUAAAUCUAGGCCUGCCUAGAUUUCCACUGUGAAAUGUCUGCAGAGAAACGUUUAUGAAAUAUUAUCACUGGAAAAGAGACUUAUUAUGCAGUACUAUCAACUUCAGUUCAAAGAAGCUAAGCUCCAGUGUCCAGCCUUUCCCAGCAGCUGUUUUUAGACUCAUCUCACCAUCCCAAUGAAUCUUUAUUUGUCUUUAAUUUUAACAGAUUCUUUUACAGAAAAUAUACAGAAGACCUUAUAUACAUUGUUGAAGAAUAUGAAUAUUGAUUCAACAGAAAUUUAAGUUGAACUGAAAAAAGUUUAUUUGUUUUUUGUUUCUAUAAUUAAGCCAUAUUGAAAAUCUUUAACAACCAGUAUGAAAAUGCUGUAUUUAGAUUAACUGGAUAUAAAUCAUCUUCAUUAAUUGUUUCCCCCUCAUUGUUUCUGUUGAAUAUUGCCUGAGAGUUGAUUUGCCAAUUAUGUAUUUAUGUUUUUGUACAGAGAUUUUAAGUAUAGGAGAACACAGAGAAUGGUGCUGCAGUGCAUCAUAGGAAUAAACCUUCAUGAACAUUAUUCCUAUAAACCAAGUGACAGAUUUGUCUUCAGGACAGGGGGAGGAUCUUUUGAACAAGGUGCUUUUGUUAUUCUUUUCUUUGUGUUAAUUUACUUUUAGCAUCAGUAAUUUGGAGUUGGUGAAAAUGAUGAAUUCAUAUUAUUUUACCCCCCUCCACCAAGUCAUGUUUGGUAACUCUGCAUUUAAAGACAGAAUCAGUGUCAUAGGCCUGUAGAAGCAGGAAAUAAUGUUUUUAUAGUUGCUGAAGGCUGAUUGUUGAUAAUCCCCCUUGAAUGAAAUGUGCUGCCUUAUUACUGAAUUAUACUUGAUUCUCAUUGUGAAACAGAGAAUCUCUUCUGAUGAUUUGUAAAUACCUUUCUUUAAGUUUAUUUAAUAAAAGUGAAAACAAAUGUUCCUUGAUUUUCGCACGCCUACAUGUGCAUUGUAAUGAGAUUCUCAAGGCGUAUUUGAUAGUACAGUGUGUAAACUUGUUUAUUGUCCAUAUGACAAAAUAUAAUAGGAAGAAUCUUUUUAAGUAAAAGAUAAGAAAGUUUUACAAAGUCAGAGCAAGGAGAAUCCUUCACAAAAAGAUAAACAGUAAACAAGGUUGUCAUUGACAGCAAAAGGGAGUAAAGCAUCAAUAGUUUCUUUAAAAAAAAAAAAAAAAAGAA